CUCUGUGCAUCUUACAUAUUAGUGCUUGAAAUACUUCUGGGUUGUGAUGCCCAUCUGCAUUUAAAGAACUUAGGAAAUUUGACAGAGUGUCGAGGGGUCUUGGACAAUAAUCAGCGGUUUUCUUCAUUACCAACGUACCUACCUGUGAGCUAUCGGCUCUUCAACACCGAGACAUCUUUCUUCCUCAAAGAAGCCAACCAGGACUUGAUGAGAAAUUCCAGUUUGCAGUCCAGGGUGGAGUCAUUCUUCCCAUACAAAGCCAAGAGGCCGCCUGUGUUAAACGCCAGCUACGGACCCUUCUCCGUGGAGCAAGCAGUGCCCCAGGACCUCAUGCUGACUUCCAGCUCUUUUGGAUCCGCCAACAAGUUCACUUACAACUGGAAGCUUCAGGCCUACAUCAUGAGCACCAAGAUCUACCUGAGCAAGCCCAGGGUGCAGGUGCUGUUCUACAUCGUGGGCAGGGACUGGGACGAGUACAGCCCGGCGGAGCGGCUGCCCUGCCUGCGCGUGUUCGCCUUCCGCGAGACGCGCGAGGUGCGCGGCAGCUGCCGCCUCGGCGGCGACCUGGGGCUCUGCGUGGCGCAGCUGGAGCUGCUGCCCAGCUGGUUCAACCCGCCCACGGUGCUCACGGGCCGGAAGAAGCCGGCGGAGCAGCUGGAGGGGAGCCCCGUGGAGCUCUACUACACGGUGCAGCCCGGCGACGAGAAGGGCGAGUGCACGGCCGAGGAUAUCCGCAAGGGCAACGCCAUCCGGCCCGGCAAGGAUGGCGCGGACGAAGCCGUGUCCCACCUGCAGAGGAUUGGCUCUGUCAGCCUCUACCGGGGCCAGGAGGCCUCCCAGCUCACGGAGCUGCGGCUGGACAGCAACGUCGUGGUGUGGCUGCCCUCCAAGCCCGUCAAACAAGGGGAGGUCGUGAAUGUUUACGUGACAAUUGCCAACAAUUCCACGGUGGAUCAGUUCGUUCUCAGGGCAAAGGUGAAGAAGGGUGUGAACAUUCUCGGUGCAAGGACAAGUGACCCCCGGCAGUGGGACGUGAAGCAGGAGGUGGGCAAUGGUGGGAAGCACUCGACCACCACAGUUAUUUGUCAGAGGAUAGCCCCAAGUUCAAGGAACAGGAGCACCAGCCUGUUCCACGAGGUCGUGCAGCUGCACUUUGAGAUCGCCAGCUUCAGCAGCCUGUCGGGCACGCAGCCCAUCAGCUGGCAGGUGGAGUACCCCCGGCGCGGCGCCUCCGACCCCGCCCUGGCCGAGAUCUUCAUCUGCCAGAAGGACCUGGUGGGAAUCGUGCCCCUGGCCAUGGACACGGAGAUCCUGAACACGGCCAUCCUGACGGGCAGGACGGUGGCAGUGCCCAUCAAGGUGGUGUCCAUCGAGGAGAACAGUGCUGUGACAGACAUCUCCGAGGCCGUGGAGUGCAAAUCCUCCGGGGAGGACGUCAUUAAAGUUUCUGACAGGUGUGACUACGUUUUUGUCAACGGCAAGGAGAUGAAAGGCAAGGUGAACGCUCUGGUGAACUUCACCUACCAGUACCUGAGUGCUCCCCUGCAGAUGACGGUGUGGGUGCCACGCCUGCCCCUCCAGAUCGACAUUUCCGACACUGAGCUCAGCCAGAUCAAAGGCUGGCGAGUCCCCGUCGUUUCCAGCAAAAGGCCCACCAGGGACAGCGAUGACGAGGACGAGGAGGAGCGCAGGGGCAGGGGCUGCACCCUGCAGUACCAGCACGCCAUGGUCAGGGUGCUGACGCAGUUCGUGGCCGAGGACUCGGGCCCCUGGGGACAGCUGAGCUACCUGCUGGGCUCGGACUGGCACUUCGACAUCACAGAGCUGGUCAGGGACUUCAUGAAGCUGGAGGAUCCCCACAUUGCCAGGCUGCAGGAGGGCAGGAUCCUCAUCGGCCGGGAAGUGGGAAUGACCACGAUGCAGGUUUUGUCUCCUCUGUCUGACUCCAUCCUGGCAGAGAAGACAGUGACUGUGCUGGAUGACAAAGUGACCAUCACAGACCUUGGAGUGCAGCUGGUGUCUGGUCUUUCUCUCUUCCUGCAGCCCAGUGCAGCCACCAGCAGGGCCAUUGUGGCCACAGCCAUUGCCCAAGAGCUGCUUCACACUCCUAAGCAGGAAGCCGUGGUAAGCACCUGGAUCCAGUUCAGUGACAGCUCUGUCACCCCGCUGGACAUCUAUGACCCCAAGGACUUCUCGCUGUCGGCCGUGUCGCUGGACGAAGCCGUUGUGUCCGUCCACCAGAGCCCUGCCCUGAAGUGGCCCGUGGUGGCAGCGGAGGGCGAGGGCCAGGGAGCGCUGGUCAAGGUGGACAUGAUGAUCUCUGAGGCCUGCCAGAAGUCCAAGAGGAAAAGCGUCCUGGCCGUGGGGAGCGGCAGCAUCAGGGUGAAGUUCGGGCAGAACGACGCGGACGCGGAGGCGGGCGGCGACUACGACGCGGACGAGAUCGAGAACCGCGCCAGCGACCGGCGCCACAAGGGCUCGGAGCCGGAGCGCCACGGGCAGGACGGGCGCUCCCACGGCAGCUCCUCGGCAGAGAGGGACGAGGGGCCCCUCAGGAAGGUCAGCACCACGGCCAAGUCCGUCCUCAAAAAUAAAGUCUUCAAAAACAGCCGCCUGGACGGCGGCAAGCUCUCGGACGACAGCCAGCUGCAGAACAUCCCCAUCGACUUCACCAACUUCCCCGCCCAGGUGGACCUGCCCAAGGGCGGUGCUGGCGUGGAGGACAACGAGCUGGUGCAGACACCCCGGGGCCUCAGCGACCUGGAGAUCGGCAUGUACGCCCUGCUGGGCGUCUUCUGCCUGGCCAUCCUGGUGUUCCUCAUCAACUGCGCAACGUUUGCACUCAAGUACCGCCACAAGCAGGUCCUGGUGGAAGGACAGACCACCGUGACCCACUCGCACGACUGGGUGUGGCUGGGCAACGAGGCAGAGCUGCUGGAGAACACGGCAGACGCGUCGCCUCAGCAGGACGAGCACACCACCAUCAUCGACCGGGGCUCGGCCGGCGAGGAGAGCAGCCAGCUGCUGAACGGCAGCGCCCAGAAGAACAUUCAGAGCCAGGUGCACAGGGCUGCAGACCCGGGGGGGAGGCUGGGCAAGGAGCACAAGGUGGAGCCUUUGCACUCGCCCACGUCCAAGAGGAAGCGGGUGAAGUUCACCACGUUCACCACCAUCCCGCCCGACGACGGCUGCCCCACCGUCAACUCCAUCCUCAGCAGCAAUGACGAUGACAUUAAGUGGGUGUGCCAGGAAAUGGACCUGGGGGACUCCAAAGAGACACGGAACUACGUGGGGAAGUUCAAAGACAAAGCGUAGCUCCCUGCUGGGGUUCUUCUUUUGGGUUUAACCACACCUUGAUGC